UUCUCUGUUUUGGAGUGGGCUCCUCUAUGCUUGUAUUGAAAGCUGCCUUUUUCAUUUAUGAGUGAGGCAGAGAGAAAUAAAGAUGAUUGCAUUUUCAGGUGUGAUAUCUAAUAACCUAGUGAGCAACCCUGGUUCUAUCAAAUUUAAGAAAUUGGGCUUUAUUCCUUUUGUGAGAUCGGUUCUCUCCUGUUUACAUAGAAAGCUGUCCCUGGUGAUUAAAAGCCAGAGAAUUAAUGGUGUUAGGAUGUCCAGGUGGUUUAAUUUAUACUAGCUAGCUAUUCAAUAAUGUGGGUUUUAUGUAGUUCUCAGAUAGUCAGAUUGUAAAGAGCUCCGUGUGGAAAGCUGCUUUUUGGUUUAUGGUGGGUCAGAGAAAUAAUAAAGACAUAGUUGGGUUUCCCAGAUGAUCAGAAAUUUAGCUUAAAUGAUCUUUAGAGUUUAGAUACAGCCCUGUUGGUAUCUUAUUUAAGAACUCCAAAGGGUUGCAUUCUCUUUGUCUGUUAGGUUGCCUUCUUUUUUGUUCUCUUCUCUUCCUCCGUUCCUCUACCUACAGUAAUGGAGUCCUCCCAACUCUAUGGAGGUACAGAAGAAUAUUGUAGUAGCAGUGAAUCUGGGUGGACAAUGUAUAUUGCCUCCCCCAUGCAGAAUGAUGAUGAUGACCAUGGCUAUGAUUAUGAAGAAGAAGAUGAUGAUGAUGAUGAUGAUGAUGACGACGAUGAUGAUGAUGGUAACAACGGCAACGAUGACAGUCAUGAUGACGACAACGACAGUGGCGAUUCCAUGGUUUCUGAUGCCUCAACGGGUCCCAGUCAUCGUGAGCAUCCAUAUGAGCAUGGUGAUGAGAGAGCCCAUGGCAUGACCCAGUUCGAGCAUAAUCAGGAUGAAGACGAUAACGAGUACUGUUCAUACGAAACUCCUUACAGAAGCAUGAAGAAAAGAGAACAGAGAGGAAUAAGCAAAGAGAAAGAAGACUCGGUGCUCAUGGCGAACAGUGCAACCAGUCAUGUUCAGAAUGGAGCAAAGGUGAGGAAAACCAACUGGAUGGGCAAAAGAAAUUAGAUAUAAUUUAUUUGCCUUUGGGUUUACUGCUAGGUCUGUAGCAUGUUUCUGGUUACGUUUGCCAAAUUAGCAAGGUGAGACCCGUUGUUCAUGUCUAUGUUGUAUGCGUCAUUUUGUAACAGUUGAAAGCUUAUGCAUGUUGAAUCCACAAAUGUCUUAGUGGGUACUUAGGCUUUUAUUAUGUUUUCUAUGUACUAUACAUUUUUUU